AUGCGACCACCAACAUCAACAAUGCAGGGCACACCCCUGCGCGCCUGCACACAAUGCAUCCGGCGCCAAUACCUCCGCCCAACAGGCCCAACGCCCACUCCGCAGCGCCUCCUCAGCACAACCCGCACCCUCCGCUCCACACCCAACAACCCGCUCCGCAACUCCACCAGCUCGCGCGUCCGCGAAGCCGAGAUCGCCCGGUCCAGAAACUCAAUGACACUUUCCGCGGCGGGGAUUGUAGCCUGUGCGGCGGCGAUGUACGGCGUGAUCAAGCUGGAUCUAUUCGGCCUGGACCAGGCGUCUGCGAAGGAAGAAAACCAAGUGCCGGUCCAGAAAGAAGGGGCGAUGAAACUGGACGGACCCACGGGAUUCGGGGGGGACCCGUCCGUGAUACGGGUGCAGGGACAAGAUGGCGCGGAGGAGGUUUCCACGGGGACGAGCACGAUUCCUACGUUUCCGAGCGUGAUCCGGUUACCGAAGGACCUUGAUGCAGGGGCCUUGAAGGCCGGGGAUGAGGUCCCCGAAUCCGUCGAGGAAGAGGAGUAUCAGCUACUUGGACUGGGGAUUCGGACUGUGUCGUUCCUCAAGAUCCAGGUGUAUGUUGUGGGCAUGUAUGUAGCCAAGAGCGAUAUCUCGGAGCUGCAGCAACGGCUUGUGCGCACGGCGGUGAGCCCACCGGGCGCGAAAGAGGGGGUUGUUGAUACGCCUGGCGCGACGUCUGCGACAUCGUUGGUUUCGACGGAGAGACAGGGCUUGAAGGAGUUGCUUUUGGAUGCGGAGCGUGGGGAUGAGGUCUGGGAUGCCGUCAUCAAGGCGGAUGGGCUCAAGACUGCGUUCCGGAUUGUUCCUACGCGGAAUACGGAUUUCUUGCAUUUGCGCGAUGGCUGGGUGAGGGGGAUUACGGGACGGGCGCAGAAGGCCAAUGCGAAAGCGUUGGAGGGUGCGCAAAGCGAGUUCCAGGAUGAGUCGUUUGGGACUGCGUUGAAUGAUUUUAAGAGUCUGUUUGGAGGUGGGCAGAGGAAGAAUGUGCCCAAGGGGCAGACGUUGUUGCUUGUGCGCGGUGGCCGUGGGGAGUUGGAUGCGCUCUUCCACCCGGACCCGGCCAAGCCGGUGCGAUUCUUGGGGCGCGUGUCCGAUGAGCGGAUCAGUCGGUUGGUUUGGUUGAAUUAUCUCGCUGGUAAGAAUGUUUCGAGCGAGGGUGCUAGGCAGAGUGUGGUGGACGGGGUGAUGGGUAUUGUUGAACGGCCGGUUGGGACUGUCGUGCAGAAGAUUGUGUAA